GUCCUUGGAUUCUCUCUCUCUCUCUCUCUCUCUCACAUGCACAUUUUCUCUCUCUAAAACUCUCUGUUGAUAGUGGAUUUGCUUUUCGAUUCUCUGUAUGACUUUUCCUCUGGUGCUGCUUUGAGGCUUUGAGCUAUCUUUACGAGAGGGAAACCUAUAUUUAUUUUCGGAUGAAGAAGAUUUUGGUUUGAGAAUCUUUUCUCUCCUUUGAUUGAAGUUUUGAGCGAUCUCAGCCGGGGGAAGGAUCUGUCUCUGCUGCCGAAAAUGAAGUCUUCAACUCGGCUUGACUCGGUCGUGUUUCAGCUCACACCAACUCGAACUCGGUGUGAUUUGGUUAUAAUUGCUAAAGGAAAAACGGAGAAAAUAAUUUCUGGUUUGCUCGAACCAUUUCUUGCCCACUUGAAGACUGCACAGGAUCAGAUGGCCAAGGGGGGAUAUUCACUUACUCUUGAGCCAGAGCAUAUCGGUGAUGCAACGUGGUUUACGAAGGCAACAGUGGAAAGGUUUAUUCGCUUUGUCAACACUCCGGAGGUCCUAGAACGAGUCUACACCUUAGAAUCUGAGAUCUUGCAGAUUGAGGAGGCAAUUGCAAUUCAAGGAAGAAAUGAUAUAGGGUUGAGUACGGUUGAUCAUCAAGAAAAGUCAGCGGAAAGCUUUGAAGGUGGCAGGAUUAUGGAUUCUAAUGAGGAGACAGCUAUUGUACUCUACAAGCCUAGUGCACAUCCACCUGAGGGAAAUGGUUCAGCUAAGCAGGAGGGAAAUUCCAAAAUUCAGCUUUUGAAAGUCCUAGAGACACGCAAAACCUUGCUGCAGAAAGAGCAAGGCAUGGCUUUUGCACGUGCUGCAGCUGCCGGUUUUGACAUGGAUCACAUGGCACCUUUAAUGUCCUUUGCAGAAAGCUUCGGAGCUUUACGUUUGAUGAAUGCGUGUUUAAAAUUUAUGGAACUUUGGAAAGGAAAGCACGAAACUGGCCAGUGGCUUGAAAUUGAAGCGGCUGAAGCCAUGACUACUCAAUCAGAUUUUUCUGCGAUAAAAGCAUCUGGAAUGAAGGAAGCUGGGCAUGAAACUUCAGAAAACAAUGGGAAAGCAAGUACUAACUCGAAUACAGAUGAGAAGCCUUAUGUGGACCAUCAUCUCUCGCCAGGACAAGAAGAAUAUUUUCAAGGCCAGUUUCCACAUCAUAUGUUCCCUCCUUGGCCAAUACAUCCUUCAGCUGGUACACUGCCAGUCUUUCAAGGAUAUCCAAUGCAAGGGAUGCCAUACUAUCAGAACCAUCAAGGAAAUAGCCCAUUUUUUCAGUCGCCCUAUCCAGUCACUGAGGAUUCAAGACAUAAAUCUGGUCAAAGGAUGGGACAGAGACGGCAAUCCGUUGAUAGUGGGGAUGGUAAUACCGAAUUAGAAACAUGGGAGAUGGAUGGUUCAAAAGGGACCUCUCAAGACGAUGAGGACAGGGAAAAGGGAGCUUCACGAAAUAGAGAACCGGUGAAAAAGGCAAACCGAUCAGGUAGAAAGCAAUCGGGCAUGGUUGUUAUUCGGAAUAUUAAUUAUAUCACUUCGAAAGGGGGGGACUAUUCUGGUACUGAAUCAGAGUCAGCUUCUGGCUCUUUAACUGAGGAAGAAGACGAUGGAGAUGCACAAGCCAGUACUCCAAAUAUGAAGCACAAGCAUUCUAUAAGGUCUUCGAAAAGGAAUGGAAGUCAUGCAAAACCUGUUGAUGCAUUGGAUCCAUCUGACAAGGAAGGAAAAGCUGAUGCAAAGGAGACAGAUGGUGGGGAUUGGCAAGCAUUUCAAAAUUAUCUGCUGAGAGAUGCUGAUGAAGAGGAACGUGACUCCAACCAAAAUUUGUUUGCAAUUGAAAAGGAGGCUCGAGUCAGGAGAAAAAGUAAGGUGGCCGAUGAUCCUUUAGCAUUUGACGGAAGAGAUAUAGGUGAGUAUGAAGAAGCCAAGGUAAUCGAUAUGCAUAAAAUUAAUGGAAACUUGUCUCGUAUCCGUAGAUCAAAUGAUGAAUCAUUGAUUUCUAGAAAUUUGGGUAAUUCUGGUGAUGGUAGAGGUGCGAAGAAUGGUAAUAUGGACCUACAGUCUACGGAAAUAGAUGGCAGAAGAGGUGUAUAUAGGAGGAGUACAAAUGAUGAUUUUAUUCUUCGUAGGCAAAAUCAAUCAGGUUAUACAGCUUCUCCAUCAGAUCCACUGAAUGGAUUUGAUCCUGCAACCUAUGAUUUGGAUAAGAGGUCACCACAAAACAUGGACGAUGACUCGUAUGUGGUAUCAUUGAGGUCUAAUUCAUUAGAUCAAGUUGGAUCCGGUGAUAGAAAUGCUAUAGUCAUGGAUUCUGAAUUGCCAUCUGCACAUCCAAGGGCAGAAAGCUUGUCUAGUAGGACUGGAAACAGAGUCAAUUACGAACCAGACGAAUUAUCAUUGAUCCCUGAACGCGGAAUGGAAAAAGGAUCAAGUGGUUAUGACCCUGCUUUAGAUUAUGAGAUGCAGAUUCAAUCCAAGGAUGGUGCCUCAUUGCAUAAGAAAAAUAAGGAGGCUGUAAUUGAUGCCAAGCGCGGCUCUAAGAAGUCAGACAAUUACCAGAAAUCCAAAAUUACUGCAGAUACUUCGGAUAAGAAGAAGACUGUUGGGCCAAUAAGGAAGGGUAAGCCUGCGAAGCCAAGUCCGCUGGAUGAAGCUAGAGCACGCGCUGAGAAGCUAAGAAACUUUAAAGCUGAUCUACAAAAAAUUAAGAAAGAGAAGGAAGAGGAACAGAUGAAGCGGCUGGAAGCUCUGAAGAUAGAGAGGCAGAAGAGAAUUGCUGCCAGAAGUGGUUCCAUUCCUACUCAAUCACCAUCUCAGCAAACAAAAAAACAAUUGCCAACAAAACUUUCCCCAAGUUCUCAGAAAGGAUCAAAAUUUAGUGAUUCAGAACCUGGACCAGUGUCUCCUCUACAAAGGUUUCCUGUCGGAACUAUUUCAGCAAGAUCCAACAAUUCCCACAAAGCAUCUAAAUCCAGCAAAUUGAAUGCUGGAAACGAAUCAGGUGGAAACAGGUUGAGCCGGUCCGUGUCAUCACUGCCUGAGCCAAAGAAAGAAAACAGUGUUGUGACACCUGAUACGAAGGCAUCCAUGGCACGGGUUAGAAGACUGUCAGAACCUAAAAUGAGUGGCAGCCUUCAGGUUUCUUCCAUGAAGCCACGGAGCAGCGGACCAUCAUCAAAGCAAAAGGCAUCUGAGGGGCAGGAAAGCAAGAAUCUAUCAGCCAUUGUGAACCAUGAUAGAAGCAAGGCUGCUUCUCUUCCAGAACUGAAAAUUAAAAUGGCCAAAGGUCUUAGUGUUGCCCAAGGGAAAUCAGGCAUAAAAGAAAAGCAAAAUAAGGCGAAUGAUACCAAAGCUUCUACAGCUCCUGAAGUCCUGGACGCAAAGAGGAAUUCUGACAAGAUUUCGCAUCACAGUGAUGGAGAUGACAAUCCAAUAGUUGAGAAGACUGUUGUGAUGCUUGAAUAUGAGAAAUCCUCAAAUCCCGCUGUACAUGCAUCAGAAGCAAGUAUUUGCCUACAGAGGGGACCAGUUAAUAACUAUAAAAUAGAGGAUAAAACUGAGCCGUUGGCUGAUUACGCACCUAUACAUGCACCAGUUUCAUCUCUUACCAUCCAUGGAGAUGGUAGAGAACCUGUUGAACGGAAAGUACCAGUGCCACCCAGUGCUCGUGAGGUCACAACUGGACAUGUGGGUCAUGCGGAGAAGAAGCCGUCCAGCAUUUCAAGCUCUAGUGGUGUUGAAAAGCCAUACCAAGCUCCUUAUGCUCGAGUCUCUUCUUUGGAAGACCCGUGUACUGGAAAUUCUGAAUAUGGCAGGGCACCCCCAACAAACUUGCAAAUGGCAACGAUGGGCAUGGAAACUGUUAAAGUUCAUGUAGCUGAUUCUACAAACUCAAAACUAGAAAAGAUUACAGAAGUGCUAGAUAAGCCUCAGAUAAAGGAAUCGUCAAAAGGGUUUAGACGUUUGUUGAAGUUUGGAAAAAAGACUAAUAGCUCAACUGCGGGUGAAUGUAAUUCUGAAUCGAAUAAUGUCAGUGUCAAUGGCUCAGAUGCUGAUAAUAUGGUUACAAAUGCUUCUUCAUCCAUCGAAGUUCAUACAUUGAAGAAUCUGAUAUCUCAGGAUGAAACACCCACUGCUAGUAGUACUCAGAAGAAUGGUCGCCAUUUCUCUUUGUUGUCACCCUUCCGGAGCAAGACCAGUGAAAAGAAGCUGACUAUCUGAAAUUGAAGCUUGCCCUAAGGGCUGCAGCAGCUCUCUUGUGCGUUGCAUUAUUGCUCCUUCUGGACCUUCUCUAACUGAUGACUGGUUGGACUUGGACAAUGCACGAGGUAUGGGUUUGUAUACCUGAACUUGCAGUGAAACUAAUAUUUUGAUAUUCUUAUGGAAUGCAAAUAGUUUUUUGGGAUUUAUCAGAUUUCAACUUCUCUGUAAUUCUGAUCAGUUACGUCAUAUUAUGCUGCUUGUGUUGCCGCAUUUUGAUAUUAACACUUGAAGUUGUGAACUUGUGAUCUUGUGGCUAUAAUAUAUUGCAGUUGUGCCUUCAUAAGUUGCU